GAAGAACAUCUACGUGCCGUGGAAGAACGCAUGAAUGAGUUACAGCGUUUGCGCGACAAUUUUGCCUCCAAGCUAGCCAAACAAGUAAACGAUACAGUGCUUCGAUUCGCCAUGCAAUUGAGCUUCGUGAUGCACGCACAGAACGCCGCACCCGGAGACAACGCAUCCGAGCGUGGUAGUCAAAUCAGUCUGUCCCAAGCUCUACCAGGCCCCGGAGUUCGUAGUUCGUCCGAGUUGUACAAGGUGCAACGUAACGAGUUGUUACAAUUGGCCCCGUUGGUCGGAGGUUGGUUACAAGUAAAUCGUCCGGAUAUCUAUGCGGAGCUGAAGAAAGUGAGCCCGUCAGAUCUCGUUGAUUGUUACUCUCGCUCACAUGUAUUUUUCAAAUUAUUUUUGUUCUUUCCUCUUGCUGUUUGA